AUGUUCACCAGGCGUCUUAGGAACUACGGUAUGCAGCAUCCAGUUGAAGCUUGGGUAGCGGGUUUUGGUUGGGCACAGGACAAGCUCUCGAGCGAUGCACGGUACCCGCCUCAACACGAUAUUGACGCGGUGAUUCAGGACCGCCCUGUACUUCUGCAUCACUCUUGUUGGCAUAUUGCAGUGGUAAAUGCAAAAGCUUCAGUGACUGCAGGCGUGGAUUUGACUACCAGGAGUCAGGAUGAUAGAGAUGGAGCUAUUGAUGUGGGUGACGACGGGGCCGUACAAAUAGUGCAAAACCACGUGAACGAGCCGUCACUAGGUGCGCAGAUGUCGAAGGCGCUGAGAAGCUGUGUACGUGCACAUCUCACGGCUAUUCACAUGAACGACGAAGGCGUAUGGCGCGUGUAUAUCAACCUGCAAGAGGAAGAUGGUCUACCUGUUCGCGUAUAUCUGACGCCUUCAAAUCACGAGCUGGGAAAGCCUAUGGUACUCAAAGCUGGAGAUUGCAAUGGACUCGUGUCGUGCCACCGCAUGAAAAUCUUCUGCGAUGGCAGGUUGGGGGCGGAAACAGCAGCACUGCGCGAUCCGCACAAGGGUACAAGCAAUAGGGGCAUUUUUAUGUAUUCAGAUGAAGACCUGGCACAGAAACUUAGGAAAGCGGAUGAUGCUGGAAAUCGCAUUGAGAUUCAUGCAAUUGAUCGGGCAGUGGAGCAAGUACUAGCAGCUCUCAAGACGGCAGGUGUCGGCCCUGACAGACGUCCUGUUCUCUUGCACUGUCAGAUUCUCAGCAAAGAUCUGAUCUCCCGUAUGCGCGAGCAAGGCGUCAUUGCUAACAUCUGGCCGUCAUUUGCGGUAACGGACGCAGUUUACGUGUGCAAACGCUUGCAAGGGAGUGCGAUUGGGUUUUCGUACUGCUUGAAGCGUCUGCUAGACAGCGGUGUUGUUUGUGCUGAAGGAACUGAUGCCCUUAUUGAGACGUGCAAUCCGUUCCAAGGCAUGUUCGACGCGAUCUACCAUCACAACCUGACCACCCCGAGGGUGUGUUUCUACCAGAAGAGCGACUCACAUUCGAUGAAGCGCUUGCCCUGUACACGAAAGGUGGUGCUUUUGCUGCAAUGGCAGAGAACACACUUGGCCAAAUUGCUCCCAGCUUUUGUGCCGAUUUUGUCGUGCUUCGCUCAGAUGUGA